AUGUCAAAAGCAGAAUCAGACAAGCUUUCGACAAAAAGUUACGCAGCAAAAGUUCUUCACAAAUCUUUAGUAACUGGUGUCUCAAAUAUAAUUGAAUCAAGCAGCAUUAUCUGCAAGAUUUUUAAAACCACUGUCCUUCUUUUGUGCAUGGUUGGAUUCGUUUAUCAAGUUUACUAUUUUGUGAAGGAUGUUUUGACUUUUCCAUCUGUUGUCAACGUUCGAGUAGAAACAUUAAAAGAAUUUGUAGCACCUGCUUACACUUUUUGCAAUACUAACGGGAUAAAGCGUUCCAAGUAUUGUGAAAAAUAUCCCGAGUUUUGUGAAAAACCAGAAAACAUGACGGAUUUUUGCUUGCAGUACUCCUACUAUUGCAGAGUGAACACCGAAAACUUUACAAUGCCGAUAGAAGAUGCAUAUUAUACUGAAGUUAAUGGAACUGAGGAUGUUUUCAAGGAACUUGGACAAGAUCUAGAAUCAUUCUUGGCGAAUUUGCGAGAUCAUAUGCGAGAAGAUAUUGAAGGCCCAUUUGAAAGAUAUAUGGAACAUGCCGAUAAAAUAUUACAGUGUUACAGCAAGAAUUCUUUGGUUGACAGCAACAAACUUCCUAAAUUAACCAGUAAAACACUAGGUGGUAUCCCAAUUGAUUCAUUUGAGUUUGAUUUGGAGGAGCAUGAAACUUUCAAUCGGAAUGGGAUGCCAGGUGCUUUAUUUGCAUUGCAUUCUCCUUUUGUAGCAGUUGAUCCUGAUUUAGAUGGCAUUUUGCUCAAACCAGGAAGAUCUUAUAAGAUUCAUCUGUCUAUUGAAGAACAAGUAUCACUUCCAUGGCCCUAUAAAACAGAUUGCGUUAAUUACACUUUAAUAUGGGAAAAUGAAAACAGAACUGGGCCGAGAUCAAAAACGGCUUGCGAAGAAGAAUGCAUUCUGACUCAUUUCCUUACUUGCAUGAACUGCUCUAUGCCGUGGUGGCUCUAUCCUCAUAACGCAACGAUAUGCGAUACUGAUAAUCUAGAGAAUUAUUCUUGCCCUGACAUGAGUGAGCGAUAUGACAAGUACUAUGAUUGCCUUGACGAAUGCAAAGUGGACUGCUCGAAAGUGAAAUAUCAGUAUGAAGUAAAAGAACGGUACAUUGCUUCUAGUGCAUUCAAAGGGUCAAGGAGGAAAAAUCAUCGAUUCACUUAUGUGGACAUUUUUCUAACCGAAAGAGAAAUUGUUACUCUAGAGCACAGACCUCAGUACAAGGAUGUGGAAGUUUACAGCUAUAUUGGGGGAUUCAUGGGGUGUUGGCUUGGAGUUUCAUUGGUGGCUGUAAUUGAUUUUAUUGAAUCCAUAGUCCAUAUCUUAUUCUAUCAUAUGAAGAAAAGAUAUUAUUCAUAAAGAAGUGUCUUCAGUCACAAUCUUACUCCUGUAGCAACAAAUUUCGAGCCAUAAAUGGCUUGGAAUAAUAAGAAGCAACAAAAAACAACUUCUAUCAGUGAGACUAGAUUUAAAAAAAUCAUCUAAAAUAGCUUUAUAGGAAAAUAAAAACAUUCAGCCUUUUCUCGAACGUUUUUGUUUUCUCUGCUUUACUUUUUUUUUUCUUUGUCACUUCAUUUUUUGGAUUUAGUUGGUGGCAAUAUUUAUGUUCUUCUAGUGUAAACAUUAG